AUGAAUGCAGGAUAUAGUGACGUUGUUCUAUUAGUUCAGUUUUCACAAAAAAUUGAAAGUAGAACAUUUGUUGAGUACAAAUCCUUAAAAUUAGCUUUAAAUGGAAUAUGCCAGUUAUAUGAACAAGCCAUAAAAGAAAAUGAUCCUUCCGUUCAGAGAAUUACUUAUAAUAUGAACGAUCUAUUUUUAUAUAUUGAUAAUAUACCAAAAAUCACAAUAUUACUAUUUCAUACACCUACCUUUACGUACAAGCCUCAUGAUAAAAUUUGGAUAAAACAGAAAUUGGUUGACCAUAUUAAAGAUCAAAUUGGAAAAUAA